AUGGAUGCACCACCCUCUCGCCACCUGUCGUCUCCCCGUCACAAUGACAUCAGCGCCAAGGCCGCUGACAAGGACAGACUGCCUAUCAAGACAACAGACGUGCAUCCCGGCCCUCAAACAUGGUCCCCAUACCCUCUCACCGGGUACAUGGGCAUGCCUGGGCUCGCGCAGUCAUGCAAGCUUUGGAACGGGACACGGGUUGAUGGGACUGCAAACUUCGGUGAGCGCUAUGCUGGCACGGAGUCUAUUCACCCCUACGGCAUCUCCAGACAAGUGUGCUACCAGCAUGCAGAAUCCCAUACGAAAGGAGGAGACCAGCCGUCUCGCGUUGGACUAGAGACCAACGGUAUUGGCAUUGACCCGACAUCCGUGACGUUGCAGGGUCAGCUUACCGAAGCAGACAAUGCUUCAGACGCACAAGGGUCGUCUAAGAUCGGUACCACCGUCGAUCAACAUUGUUUCACGGGAGCAUUACCUUCAGAGGUCCACAGACCACUGGAGACCGAUGAUCCAGACCCGCUUCCUCCUAGGUCAGAGACGGAGAGAAUCUUGGAGAUGGAGAUUCGCGAGAAUCUUGGCAUACCUCCCGAAAAGUCCGUCAAGCUUUCAAACGUUCCGCAGGGAGACGAUGGUUACCCGUUGGCGGCGACUGGCACGAUCGCGUAUAUGGCCAAGGCGGCGAUAUGGGCGAGUCCAGGCAGGGUGUGCACGGUCAAGGGAAUAAACACUGCGAUGAGGAAGGUUUUCGCAGGGUAUAGGGCUGGUACCACCGAGAAAAAGUAUGCCACCUUGAGUACCACAAUAUCCGCGUACAAGGGCUUCAAGCAGGCCAGGUCUUCAUAUGGGGAGAGGAUCGGAACGUUCUGGACUCUCGCACCAAAGGAGGGUCAUGGUAAGAGGAAGAAGGAGAGCACCGCAGGUCUCGUCAACGUUGUUGAAGAAACCGGCAAGAAUAAUAGAGCACAUCAUCAGUAUACAGCCGACAGAAGGGCAUCACAUUAUCCUCGUCAGUCUCCUUCAGCCACGACUGGAGGUCAGCCACCUAAGCUUCGCGUCGAGGGUGGACACGAUGUGAGGGAGGGAGGGCGGCAAGUGCACAGGAGUCGCGCAAAAGCCGAUGUUCCUUAUCAACGGGCAUGCACCAAAACGGAAUCAAUCCCGGUCGAGCGCUUUGAGCCCCGCUCCCACGGAUCGAAUGCAGAGUCAACUGCAUCUGCAACAGCGCCGAUUUUUCAUCAGCCUGAGGUCCCACAAUUCAACUUUUACGAAGGUCUUCUGAGCGCCGCACCCUCUACAUUCUUGGCCGACAUCUCGGGUUGUUUAAGCACCGGAGACUUUGAAGAUCUGUUUGCAGCUGGGCUCAUCGUAGAGACCAUAGGGGACAUUAAGACGGAACAACCUGUCAUCGCGUCGGGGUCCAAGUUGCAAGCCUGA